CCAGGUUCAGGUCCGGACCUGGACCUGAUCCUUUGGACCUGAACCGGAUCUGGACCUGAAUUUUCUGUACCGGUACCCAGCCCUAACCGGGGUCCAUACGAAGGAGGCACUGCGUCUUUGGGAGCAACUGUUCCUGGGGGGAUCAUACAAUUUACCAAAGGAGGCUGGCUUUCUAGUCAUCUUGGGGGAAGAUUAGGCUAACAUCCUGUCGGUCGUUGACCCCUCUUAAAAGGAAAAUCAUUGCCUCAGAUGACGUUAAUCAUCUUGGUUACCGUUGACCUCAUUCAAAAUUGCACACACGACGGAGUCAUCACAUGAUUGUUAGUUGAGCUGGGCAAACAAAGCUUGGUACGCGGCUAGCGGUUGAACCACCGGGUCCAUAUAAAAGGAGACUGUGACUUUGGGAGCAAGUGUUCCUAGAGGGGAUCAUGCAAUUUGCUAAAGGAGGUUGGCUUUCUUUCAUCAACGUAUCGUUCGGAAGUGAACUCACUCUUAGGGUUUGAUUUUUCCUGAGGACUGGGAAACAACACUGCAGGACGAUGUGGCUAAUGACGAUAACUGUGGGGUUAGUGACCCUAAUUUUGAUCAAAUGGUUGAAGGACUAUGUGCAACGAUGGCGGAUGCCCCCUGGACCAUUUUUCUGGCCAAUCAUUGGUAACCUUUCCUUGUUUGGUGGCAAGUCGUACCUAACCUUCAUCGACCUCGCUAAGACAUAUGGAGACGUUUUCAGUCUGAAGUUGGGCAUGACGGAUGUGGUUGUACUGAACAGUCUGGAUGCUGUGAAGGAGGCUUUUGUGAAGAAGGGAGAGGACUUUGCAGGUAGGCCCAAGAUGUUGACAACGGAUAUAUCUUCUGAAGGUGGAAAAGACAUCGCCUUCUCAGACUACAGUCCAACAUGGAAACUGCACCGGAAACUGUUCCACAGUGCCAUCAGGGGUUAUGCUUCAGGACAGAAUCUACAAAGUAAAGUCCACGAGUCUUUGGAGGACACCAUCGCUGUGUUCUCCAAGAUGGAGGGUCAAGCUGUGGACCUUGAAGACUACAUUUAUCAGCUGGUCUACAACGUCAUCUGUUCAGCUGCAUUCGGUAUAAGGUACAACAUGGACGACGAGGAUUUCAACACCCUGAUGAAAAUAAGCAAGGACACCACCGAAACGUUCGGACAAGGUCUUCUUGCUGACGUUUAUCCUUUACUUCGGUUCCUGCCUUCAUCGUCCGUAACUGCCAACCGAAAAAUGACGCACCAACUUAUGGAGAUCAUGCAGCGUCAUCUGGAGCAGCACAGGGAAUCAUUUGACCCAAAUAACCUCCGUGACAUCACAGAUCACAUGAUCAAGGCUCAGAAGGAUGCUGAGGAGGAGGGAAUGCAAGACAUCAACUCUCUCACAGACACCCAUCUCAGGCAGUUGAUUGGUGACAUCUUUUUGGUGGCUAUUUUAUCUUCAGCGGGUACAAUAUCAACUAUCUUGACUCUACGCUGGGCCAUCCUGUACCUUGCUGUCCACCCGGAGAUACAGGAGAAGGUGGCUGCUGAGUUAGACAGUGUGGUGGGCCGUGACAGGCUGCCGGAGAUGUCUGACCGUGAGGCCAUGCCUUACACGGAGGCGAUCUUUCAUGAAGUGAUGCGGAUGGCAUCCAUGGAUCCUGUGUCUUUGCCACAUGCUACAACUGUCGACACCACGCUAAGAGGUUACCAGAUCCCGAAGGGUACUUGGAUCAUGCCGAACCUGUGGGCCCUGCACCAUGACCCUGACACCUGGGGAGAUCCGGACGUUUUCCGGCCUGAACGUUUCUUGGAUGAGAAUGGAAAACCCAUCCCAAAACCUGCGGCUCUAAUGCCAUUCGGUGUUGGACGCCGUGCUUGUCCUGGCGAAGCCCUGGCAAAAGCAGACACCUUCCUCUUACUUGGAGGACUGGUCCAGAACUUCCGCUUCAGCAUUCCUGAGGGGGAAGGGCCUCCUGAUCUCACCCCUGAUGAGAUAGGUGAGGGCAGCAUCAGCAUACCUUACCCGUACAACGUGGUCAUGACCUGCCGGAAGUGAAUGUUGCUGACCUACAGGAAGUCGAUGAUAAAGACGUGUGAUAAGCGGAAUAGCGGAUCCAACUGUGCAUGCGCAUGUCAAAGGUGAGGGCCUCUGAUAUAAUAAAUUGUUGCCUUGACUAUAUAUGGCCUCCGUCGGUCACUUUGCGUGAUGUCCAGACGUCUUUUCUUUAUGUCUCAGGGGUCUUCACCUUUGACAUGCGCAUGCCCAGUUGGAUCCGUGAAUGGGCUUAUUCCAAUGGCACAGACGAACAAAUUGCCAAGUCAAGAAAUAUCCAAUGUAAUGCAUGAAGCUCUGUCUCAAAAGCUGCCUAUCAAACGAGUGCAUAAGAAUUGCAGGAUUUCAUUUACCAUCGCCAGUUUGACUAUGAUUUAAGGGGGAAAGAAGAAAUUUUGUAAUGUUUUAAAUUUAUGAUUGAAAUUGUGCAGUGUGUUGAUGAAACGAAAGCCUAUUCGCGGUGUCAUGAUUUCGUGGUGGAGAUGUCACCAAUGAAAAAAAAUCAUCGUCCAAUUCCGUACUCAUUUCAGUGAAUGAAAACUGUUUGAAGCCACGUUGAUAACGUAAUACUUAAUCACGAAUGUAGACUAGCAGCAUGUUAUGAGAAAUUAUAUAAGAUUCAAGCAGGAUAACCAUAACAUUAUACUGUAUAUUCUAAUAUAAUAUGAUAUGAUAUGGGAAGCCAUAGCCUACAACCUUUAGUUUUUAGUAAAAUUGAAGAUGUCGAAUUGAGACUUGUUUUCGGUUAAGGCUAUAUCUUAAUUGAAUGUUGUAAGUUAAAAACUAUUCACCUAAUAGGGCUGUAUUGGCUAAGGUUUUUACCGAUGUUAAAUUGACUCUUUAGAAAUGAUUUCCCUGUUAUAGUAUUUGCUCAAAAUAUGUAUAACGGCACCCGUCAUCUCUGCCACUGAGAUGCCAUAAAAUGAAAAUUGAUGUAUAGCCACAAAGCUAUUAUCUUAAAAUCAUUUACCCUUUAUGUAUAUGUUCAUGAAUAUCUGGUACAAAUACACCAUCUAGGACGCAUGGAUUACUGUAAUAAAACGUUUUUAAUAGACAAUAUCCAGCAGUUCUUGAUAUCCAUUUAAGCUUUUAUAGGAAUUUAGAAUUUUUUAGUUCCUUCGAAUGGGCAUUUGAAUGGGAUGCUAUGUUUUGUCUAAUGACGACUCGGCGGCUGGAUCGGUGGCUACCAAUCGGCUGCCCAAUCAGCGGCCAAGUUCAGCCUGAUUAUAAAAGGGGCCAAGCGACUCAGAUUUUGACCUGCAAACAGUGAACAUUGCGCUUUCUUGCCAAGACCAAGACGUUUUCUUGCAAGAAGCUUGCCCUUGCCUUCGUGACAAAACGUGGGCAACCUUUUGUGAUCCUUGUUACAGGCUCCACCGAUGGAAUUGGCAAGGCAUAUGCAGAGCAGAAGGCAGAACUGCUGUUCGGACAAAGACAGUGGUUGCAGAUUUUUGCUCCAGCAAAAUCUAUGGCAACAUCAAACAGGAGUUGGAGGGACUUGACAUUGCCUGUCUUGUAAACAAUGUUGGCAUGAAGGCAGCCAGUCACCCGGAGUUCUUCCUACAAGUUGAGGA